AUGUCUGAAACUGCUAUGUUGAGAAGAUCUGUAAUCAACAAGAAAUUCGAGAGAAGUAACUUUGGGGAAAUAUCUCGUCCUUACUUGCCAGAGGAUGCCAUCCAACGCUUGGUGGCCAAAGAGGAGAUUGAAACCACCCUGGCUGCCAACUUCAAUGCCGCGAAAGCGGACACCCUCUUGGAAUUCAUACAGAACAAAGCGAGGAAGGUAUUCCUGAUUCUGGAGUGUCUGCUAAACCCAGAAGCUAUAGAGCUUUUCUACAACGAUGAUUUCUGCGACGAGCAUCUCCCCGUUAUGAUACAGAUAGAUGAUGCGCAACCGCAGAAAAGUAUCGUCAAGUCUUUAGACGAGAGUACUGGCGAUUGUGACUCCAAGUGCUGGGAACAAGUCAGCUCCCUCAAUCCUCUGUUUCUUGAAAAUUUCGAAAGCACUCAAUGGAAGCUUCUUGCUCCUGUUUUCCAAAAGGGCGUUCUAUCCAAACGCUUCGAUCCGAGCCGCCCUCUACCUCUCACUACAGACAAUAGUCGCGCCCCCCCACGAGGUCAGUUCGGUACCGUGAACCGCGCCUACAUCCACAAAGCUCAUAUUGCCGAUGGAGCCUUUGGGGACGUGGUUGCCAUAAAGUCUUUUCAAAUGUUAGAAAAGAAAUUCUUCGAAAAGGAGUUGAAAAUAUUGGAGCAGAUAAAGCGUCUAGAGCAUGAUUAUCUCAUCACACCACUUGUGGGGUUCAAUGCUGGUGUACACUACUGCUUGUUGUUUCCAUGGUGCAAUGGAGGUGACCUUCGAGAUUACUGGAAAACCCCUCCAUCUCUCGACAAAAAGCUGAUAUCAUGGACACUCUCCCAGAUGGCAGGACUUUGUGGCUGUCUGAAAUCGCUCUGGAACAUCAAUCUUACACACGGAGACCUCAAACCCGAGAACAUCUUACACGAGGGUGGAGAAGGGAAAUUUCUGAUUGCCGAUGUUGGGAUCUCUAGAAUUCAUACCCAAGCGACACAGAUGCGUGGGCCAAGCACAACUGUAAGAUUUGGGACACGUAUCUACGCAGCCCCAGAACUCUAUGUAAAUGGAGCUUCCAACAACGCCAUGUCGCGAGACUUCGAUACUUGGUCAAUGGGAGCUGUUUUGAUGGAGUGGCUAUUGUGGCUUCUUUAUGGUUCUCAGGGGCAUGAAAGAUUUACCCUCCGGGAUCAAUUCUGGGAGGAACACGAUGGAAAGCACGAGGUGGCUCGAUCCGUCAAUUCAUGGAUGAAUGAGGUGCGAGCAAUCGUCACGGGCCCCGAACCCUCCACAAAUGCGCUCAAGGACCUUCUGGACCUGAUUGAAAAAAGGCUCCUUGUUGUUGAAUUAGUAACAGGGGACGAGCCGUUAAAUUCUGGCCGUGCAAAAGCCACCGAACUAUCCAACUGCAUGGAGAAAAUAGCGACACGAGCAAAGUGCGACGAAUCCUAUUGCUUCGACCCAGCGAUCUGGGCCAGAGCAAGACGUGAUGAAAGUGGCAACAACUUUAACAAUAGUGGUCAGGUCGGUGGUCCGGUCGACAAAGAUGAAUAUGUUCAGCAAGGAAAACGACUGGAUGACAUUUGGAUGCCACAACCGGAUAAAGAAUUUGGACGACAAGCGCUCAAGAAUCUUUCCUGGAAAUUCCCAAACGGUAGCUCCAGGGCACAUCUUUGUUCGUUGUUCUACCAGUGCUUUCUAGAUCUUCCAGAUAAUGAUAGAGAAAUUCUCCAAAGUGGGAAGCUUGUGCGUGAAGAAACCACACUCGGGGUGUACAAGACCAACAACACUUUCGUGCCCCUUAUUUCCAUAUAUCAAGAAUCAGCACCCACAUCCACUUUAGCCACAUUCCAUCCCGCCCAAUUAGGAUUUCCACAAUUGCCCAAACCAGGCAGCUUUGAACAGAUGAAACUUUUAUUGAUGUGGCUAUCAGACUGCGAUGAAACACACGGGUGUAGUCGCCUGAUUCCUUCGUCGCCUAUUGACAUGCCUACGAGACUUCUGGAUGUUGAGGGGAAUUCGACAUCUAAUAUAUGCCUAGUUGACGCAAAGGGUCAUUUUAUCGACCGAUAUACUGCCCUUAGCUAUCGAUGGGGCAACGUUGCCAAAGAGGAACAGUUCUGCACGUACAGAAGCAGUAUCGAGAAGCAUAAGAACGGUAUUGAUUUUCAAAUGCUCCCAAAGACGUUCCAAGAUGCCGUAACAGUGACGCGAGGCCUAAAGAUUCGGUACCUAUGGAUAGAUUCGCUUUGCAUAAUACAAGAAGAUGCGGAUGAUUGGGGAACUGAAGCAGGAAAGAUGGAAUAUGUGUUUAGCUCGGCAUACUGUACGAUUGCAGCUAGUUCCGCCACUUCGAGCUCACAAGGCUUUCUGUCCGAUCGACAUGAUAGGCCAUACGUGACGGUGAAGGAGCGCGAGCGCACGUUUUACCUUUGCAAGUACAUCGACAAUUUUCAUCGCGAUGUUGAGAAAUCCGUGCUAAACGAGCGCGGUUGGGUACUACAAGAACGAGCACUGUCGCGACGGACAAUACAUUUCACAUCCAACCAGGUCUACUGGGAGUGUGGAGAAGGAGUUCGCUGCGAGACCUUAGCCAAGAUAUACAACUCUAAAGCCGAGUUUCUUGGAGACUCCAAUUUUCCCAGCUCUGCUUUACAUUACUCCCGCAAGGGCAGGAUUAUACUGUUCCAAGGCCUUUAUACGAUGUACUCAAGGCUCGCCUUCACCAAACCAACGGAUAGAUCCAUGGGAAUCAUUGGUAUAGAGCAACGACUAGCCCGGACGUUCAAAACGGAGGGCGAUUAUGGGAUCUUCGCGCUUUACCUUCACCGAAGUUUAAUGUGGAAACGAGAGGGUAGCGAUAAGUUGGUACCCAUAGAAUACCCAAGCGACCGCACUGUUCCGUCGUGGUCGUGGAUGGCCUACAGCGGCCCAAUAUCUUACGUAGAAGCACCUUUCGACAGAGUUCUCUGGAACAAAAAUGACCUCGUACUUCCUUUCGAAGGUGGCCGGCUCCGCAAUUCUACACAGACACGGACAGGCAAGCCGGAGCCCGAGAUUGAAGCCCCUGCUAAGGAUAUCAACAUGAGAGAAUAUCGUGACGAGAUAUUAGAGCGACUAACCCUUGACAAUGUCGACGUUGAUGACCCAUCUGUCUUACGCUGCGUCGUCCUCGGAAGCGACAAGGAGGGCGACGAGGACACGCGGAGAUAUUACAUCAUAGUGAUCGUGUCAGCACCCAGAGGCAACACUGGUAAUACCUACCGGCGGGUUGGUGCCGGAUCCCUUCUCGAGAAACACAUUUCUACUAGCAUGCCACAACCUGUGCUAAUUCGAUGA